GGAGCGAGCGAAGGCAUGCGCCUCUUCGCUCAGCCAAUCGCAGCGCGAGGCAGAGACCGUCCAAAUACAGUGCGAGGCAGAGCGGGGCUUCCUGGUCUCAGACGGCGCCAAGAGGUGGAAGUGAACGGAGUGGCCGAGUAUUCCUGCGGUAAGUGGGUAAUGGUGGUUCGGACUACUUCUAAUUCCUCUGGACAUCCACAUGAAUUUGGACUCUCCAGUUCUAACGGCCAUGGCAAUCACAGUCAAGAUGCUCUUCAAAGGUUGCUUCGUGUUUUCGGUCUAGACGGACGUUUGCCAGAAACAAAACAUCAACCUCGGCCGCCGAAGUACAUGCUAGAUUUGUACAGAUCCCUCACUGAUGACUCACAGAUGCCUCAAAGUUUCCAACACGGAGCUAAUACCGUCAGAAGUUUCUUCGAUAAAGGUGAUUCAGAUGAAGCUGGACCAUAUCAUUUUAAUUUAUCCAAUACGAUUCCUAGACACGAAGAAGUAAUUGAUGCCGAAUUUCAUCUUUUCAUACAUCGCAACGCACCCAAACUUCAUCAUGGUUCUCAUAUUAUCCAGAUAUUACUAUAUGAUGAUUUAAAAGAUUCACCUGCAAGUCUCUUAGAAGCUCGUCUCAUAAGUGCCCAUACCACAGGAUGGGAAGUAUUUAAAGUAACAACAGCUGUUAAAAAAUGGCUUUCAAGUCCAGGACAUGAUAAAGGUCUUUCAGUUCAAAUCUUGGAUUCUUCUGGGAGAGAAUGGCCAGCUCGAAGAGUUCAUCGAAUGUUAAAUUUCAGACGGCCAAUUCUUAUAGUUUUCAGUCGAGAUUCAAGAACCUCUGCUUCACCCAAACUUCGCAAAGCGACAAACGAAAAUGUAUCCCUUCAGUAUCUUGGUAGGAAUGAAAAUCGAAUACCACAACAGGUUUCUGAAGAAAGUAGCGUAAGAAGUACACGCUCUGCUACUGUAACUGAAAGCGGGCAGUGCACCAGACAAGAAUUACGUGUGGAUUUCGACAGGCUUGGAUGGUCUACGUGGAUUAUAUCACCUGAAUGGUAUGAUGCCUAUGUGUGCACUGGAGCUUGUGCUUUUCCACUUGGUCAGAACCAACGUCCCACCAACCAUGCGACAGUACAAAGUAUAGUACACGAACUCGGACUAGCCGCAGGAGUAGGUGCCCCUUGCUGUGUUCCAACGGAGUUGCAUCCAGUAAAUUUACUUUAUUUCGAUGAACAUUCAAAUGUUGUCCUAAAACAGUAUGACGAUAUGAUAGCAGCUGGAUGCGGAUGUCAAUAAAUUUUACAAUAAAAAUUGUGAAUUAAAUAAAAUUAUCUAUAUUAAAAAAGGUU